AUGUCAUCUUCAACAAUUUGGUCAAAAAGAGCAAGCAAACAAGCACCAUGUACCAUAUUCAGUUCAACAUCAUUAUCACCGAGACAGAUAGCUAAUAAAGCAUAUACAUUGGGGUAUAAGAAAUUGGAUAGGGAUGAUAAACGAAGUAAACAAAAGUACCAUCUAAGAGAGAGAUUACUGCUUUACAAUACAAUCACAAAGGCAGAAGAAGUAUUAAAUACUAGGACAAGAAGAACAAAUAGAAGAGUGAUGGCAGCAGAGGACGAUGAUGAUGAUCAUCAUGAAUUUUCAAUGAAACAUAAUAACAACAAUACUUGCAAUCAUCAUGACAAAUCACCCUUAAAACAGAAUAUUAAAGAAGAAGAAGAAGAAGAAGAACAAGAAGAUCAAGAUAUACCCAUAUUAACACCAUCUACAUCUACAUCUACAAUUUCAUCUAUUUCAAGUAUAUACAGCGAUAACAAUAAUAAUUGUACAUUUAUAAAUAAGAAUAAUAAACCCAUCACAGUACAAAGUUUAUAA